UCACUGUAAUUUCGUCUGCAACAUUCCGGUUAGGUCGAAUUUGAGCAGAAUUGAUUCUGUCCGUGAUUAGAUCAAAUGUUGUAAUAAAAAGGAGCAUAACCAUGUAUUCCAUUAAUCUAAUAGUUUUUCUUGUGACUUGCUUUUUUAUCCAUACAUUCGCGGAAGAAGAUUUUUUGGGAUGCGGCGGCUUCGUUCAAGUCGAUAAGGCAGUAGGGCUCGACUUAUCUAAAGUUGAAAUCCGACUGUACACCAAACAAGGGAACCUAAAAUACCAUACAGAUUGUGCACCGAACAAUGGGUACUACUUCAUUCCCAUUUAUGACAAGGGAGAAUAUGUUAUCAAGGUGGUUUCACCAAACGGAUGGAGUUUCAAACCGUCGUCUUUCCCUGUAAACAUCGACAGAGAAACAGACUGGUGCUCUCAAGGAAAAGAUAUAAAUUUUGUGUUUCAGGGUUUUUCUAUCAAUGGCAAGGUUAUUAGUCAUGGGAGAUCAAGUGGACCAGCUGGUGUAAAACUUCAGUUGCUAGCUGACGACACUAACGAUGUACUCCAAAGCAUUUUAUCCGAAAAACAAGGCGAAUUUUCUUUCAAAAAUAUUGCGCCUGGCAAGUACCUAGUUCGAGCAAGCCAUCCCGAGUGGCGACUCAGCUCCAGUGAAGUGAAAAUCAAUGUGCAAUCCGACUCACAGUCAAUAGUCGAAGGCUUGGUCAUUCUUGGCUACCCAGUUGAAGGUCAAGUCAUCAGUGAAGGAGAGCCUAUCCAAAAUGUUAUCUUUUCACUCUACUCACGGGAUGAGGAUGCCACGUCACAUUGUGGAUUAGACGCCCCAUCCGUUUCUUCUCCGGUUCAAGAUGACAGUGGCUGGAACCUCGUUUGCCAAACGUCUUCUGAUCUUAAAGGCCAAUUUCAUUUUCCUGUUGUUCAGCCUGGCCAUUACAAAAUAGUACCCCUCUAUCAAGGAGAAAACAUUCGUUUUGACAUUACUCCCGCCACGUUUGACUUUGACGUUGAAGACAGUCGACUAAUAAUGACACAAAAAUUUGAAGUACAAGGAUUCCGUGUCAGCGGCCGAGUUCUAGAACACUCUAGUGGCUCAGGCCUUGUUGGUGCCAAAGUUUAUUUGAACGACAAGCAAGUCGCGAUCACCGGUGACGAAGGCUCCUACAAUUUAGAGAAUAUCAAAACGGGAAUGUAUCGCCUAACUGCCGAGUCUGAUCACUCGGGUUUUGAACGUUUGAGUGUCCGAAUCAGCCCAAACACACCGUCACUGCCGGAUAUAGUCGCUUCCUCUUACCGUGUUUGUGGGCAAAUUGAGUUAUCCGAUUUAGCUGUUGGGCCCAAAGCCAGGCAGGUGAUAUUUAUUCCAACGUCGGUUAAGGAUUCUUCUGCCGAACCAGUGCUCUUGUCCACCGAUGAUACAGGAGUCUUUUGCCAGUUGCUCAAACCAGGCACUUACAAAUUGGAACCAAUGGCGCUCGAGUCCGAAGUGGCUGCUGGCUUGAAAUUCGUUCCUGCAUCGCAUGAAAUUGUAGUAAAACAAGAAGCCCUGUCUGGUUUCAGUUUUUCGCAAUUCAGAGCUUCGAUUCGAGGCAAAAUUAUGGUAAUCGGAACCGCCUCAAAUGUGCCGGUGAGACUGACAAGCGUCUCACAACCGACACGUUUGGUCCAACCUGUAGAAGCUAUCGCUGGGGCAGAUGGAACGUUUGAAUUUAGCCAAUUACUUCCCGGAAAAUACCGCCUAUCUGUUUUGCAAGACGACUGGUGUUGGAAGUCCAAAACGAUCGACGUUGAAUUAGUUGAUUCCGAUCAGUCUGAUUUGGUAUUUGAGCAAACCGGGUUCGCUUUUGCCAUUUCGUCGAGUCACGAAGUCGAUUUGACAUUUACCGUCGAUGGAGAGGGGAGCGACGAGCUUCUAACAGUGAAAGCGGGUGUUUCGAAACACUGUCUUCCCCGUGCUGGCCACUAUGUUUUCACGCCCAAGAGUUGCCACGUCUUCGAUGCUCCAUCGGUCGAAUGGAAUUCAGACAAGCCGAUGCUCGUUCACUUGAAAUCUGUUAGCCAUCGCGUCGGCGUCAUUGUUCGUUCGGAUCACGAGGUAGCCGAUCUGUCGGUAACAGCCACCUCAUCUAACGGUGGUACAACUCCCUUGGUGCUGGAAUCGGUGGAGAAACCAUCCGAGAACGAAUAUCAGCAUCAGUUUGUCUUUAAUGCGCCCAGCGGGGAGACCCUGCAGGUGGUGGCCACAGCCGAAUCGCUUCUGUUUUUCCCAUCCACAUUAUCAUUGACGGUGGGCCGAGAAUGCGACGAUAAGGCGGGCACCAUCAUUGCGCAGCGUGGACUCUACGUGAGUGGCUCUGUACGUCCGGCAAUCAGCGACGUUGAGGUCACCAUCAGCGGUGGAAGAUUGAGUCAGCCGGUCACAGUGGAAACAGACAGCAACGGCCAAUAUAUUUACGGUCCCGUUAAUUUGGACGGCCAUCCCAUUCUGGACUUGGCAGCUACUUUUACCGUCGAAGCCAAAAAGAGAGGAUACAUUGUCCGUCCAGCUAAGACAUUUGGUGAUUUCAUCGCUGAGAAACUGGCCGAAAUCUCUGUGUUGGUGGUGGAUAGCGCUACCGGCCAGCCUCUACCUUCCGUCCUGGUGGCGGCCGCUGGUGGAGUUGGCUACCGGCAAAACAGUCAGACUGGACCGGACGGGCGAGUUACGUUGAGCAGCUUAAACCCAGGAGAAUACUUUAUCAAACCGGUGCUGAAGGAAUAUCGAUUUGAUCCGAGUUCGAAACUAAUUGAGAUCGAGGACGGCGCAACUGUUGAAUUGCAGAUCAAGGGUGAGAGAGUGGCUUUCAGCUGUUUUGGAUCGGUCACAGCUCUCAAUGGUGAACCGGAAGGCUCAGUGAGCGUGGAAGCAGUUGGCACGGGUCCGUCGCAUUGCGCCGAGUACCAAGAAGACGCGACCAGCGAAGCCAAUGGACAGUUCCGGAUUCGUGGAUUGCUGCCUGGGUGCGAGUACACUGUACGAAUGAAGACGGGCAACGGUUUCAACAAAAACGUGGAACGGACAUUGCCACUCAGCACAAACGUUAAAGUAGAAAACAGCGAUGUCUCUGGUCUACGCUUUUCCGUCAUCAAGGCCGUCAACCAAGCGGAUGUUGUAGUCACGCUCGAUGUGCUCGAACCGGAGCAUUUGAGGACGAUCAAGUUGAAUUUAUUCCGUGAAGAUCAGCCCGGUGUGGUGCUGCAGAGUCUCAAGUUGGACAACUCACCCCUCGUCGUUCUGCCCGUCUUGCCUAUGGAUGGCCGUAAAUACUUUAUACAGCUGGAAUCCAACCUUGGCCGGCAUCAUUUCGACUACCAGAUGCCAGAGCUCUCAUUCACUGCCAAUACAUCCGUCCAGCACCUCUCCAUGCGUUUCCAUCCAAGGCGGAAGACGGUCGAUGCCUCUGAAACGACCCAAGUAUCGAUCAGAGGCGUCCUUGUCGCAUUGCUGGUUGGAUUGGCGGCCUACUAUCGGGAAGAACUCGGCCCGUUUAUCAACAGGGUCUUGGCUGUGGUGAAUAACGCCCUGAAACCCAACCGAGGCGGGUUCGCUUUCGGGUCCGGUUUGUCUGGAGCGUCUUCUUCGUCAGGCCAUCCCAACAAUCCCGUGUUUAGCGAGCAAGAGCUAGCUCUGAUGGACGAGGGCAACAAUGUGACGAAGAAAAGAGUCAAACCGAGAAGAGCUCAAUAGAAAACCCUUAAAAUUGUAAGAUCGCACAAAUUUGACGUGUGAAGAGUUUGUUUGUUUUUUUUUCAGAGCAAGUAAGUGUGGUUGUUGUUUCGUGCUAGUAGGCCAAUAAAUUCAAACUUUUGACUUAAA